UUUGAUCGACCUGCCAGUGGCUGGGUUUUGCUUCCAUCUAGAAAGAAGUGUUGAAUUUUUUGCGCUGAUUAUUUUUUGGACCAAAAGAAAUAUAUUGGUAGGUAAUCAAAUAGAAUUAAAAACCCUGGUGGCAUCUUCUAGGAACAGCAGCCAAACAUGGACACAUCUUGCGAAUUGGGGUCAGACGAAAGUUCGUAUGAACUUUUUAAACAGGACAGUUUGUUUGCCGAGAGUUUUCCUCUGAUGAAGGAAAUCCGCAGACAGGGGAAACUUUGUGAUGUUACUCUCAAGGUUGACAAUCACUCAUUUUCGGCACAUAGAAUUGUCCUGGCCGCCACAAUUCCAUAUUUCUACGCAAUGUUUACCCAUAACAUGGCCGAAAGUAGAAUCAAAGAGAUUACCAUGAAGGAAAUAGAGCCCCAUGCUUUAGAGAGUUUGAUAAAUUUUGCUUAUAGCGGAGUGGUUAAAAUCGACAAUCAAAAUGUCCAAGGACUGAUGGUUGGUGCCUCCUUUUUGCAGUUAAACAAAGUUCGAGAUGCCUGUGCAGAUUUCCUGAAAGACAGGUUCCAUCCGCAAAACGUACUUGGCAUCCGCCACUUUGCCGAUACGCUCGGUUGCGCACAGCUGGUAACUUCUGCUGAUCGCUACAUCCAUCAGUAUUUCUCGAAGGUUGCAUUAUCCGACGAAUUCAUGGGGCUGAAUUUUGAUGAGCUGAUCGACAUCGUUCGCCGCGACGAGCUAAAUGUCCCAACCGAAGAGCGCAUAUUCGAUGCUUGCAUGAAGUGGGUCAAAUUUGAUCAGCAGAACCGGGAAGUGUACUUGCCGAACAUCUUAGCCAAUAUCAGGCUGCCUCUGCUAUCACCGCAGUUUUUAGCCGACAAUGUUGCGACAGAGGAAUUGAUACGUACGUCACACAAAUGCAGAGAUUUGUUGGAUGAAGCACGUGAUUUCCAUUUGAUGCCGGAAAGAAGGGCGCUCGUUUCCGCUUCUCGCACCAGACCACGGUGCUGCGACUAUGUAGUUGGACAAAUAUAUGCAGUUGGAGGUCUAACUAAAAAUGGAGAAUCGGUUAGCACAGUGGAAAUUUAUGAUCCCGUAACCAAGGAGUGGAAAAUGGGCGAAGCAAUGUCAAUGCUGCGUUCCAGAGUUGGUGUAGCAGUGAUGGAAGGAAAGCUGUAUGCCUUCGGUGGAUUCAAUGGAACUGAAAGAUUAUCAACUGUUGAGGUUUACGAUCCUGUGCAAAAGAAGUGGAACCAAGGAAAACCUAUGAGAUGCAAACGUAGCGCUGUUGGUGUAGCAGCUCUGGAUGAUCUAGUUUACGUAUGUGGUGGAUACGAUGGAGUGACCAGUUUGAGCACGGUUGAAUGCUAUUCACCAAAGACAGAUUCAUGGACAACUGUAGCUCCAAUGAUGAAGUAUCGAUCUGCAGGUGGCGUUGCUCCUUUGGGAGGCUAUGUGUAUGCGUUAGGUGGACAUGACGGGCUUUCUAUAUUUGACUCGGUUGAGCGAUAUGAUGUAGCAAACAACACAUGGACUAAGGUUCGAUCAAUGUUGAAUCGCAGGUGUAGACUAGGAGUUGCAACCCUUGGUGGUAAACUGUACGCUUGUGGAGGAUAUGAUGGAAGUUGUUUCUUACGUUCAGUCGAGGUAUAUAUACCCGAAAAGGAUCAGUGGCAGCUAAUAGCUCCAAUGAAUGUGAAGAGAAGUCGAGUAGCCUUAGCUGCAAAUAUGGGCAAAUUGUGGGCUAUUGGUGGUUACGACGGAGAAUCAAAUUUGUCUACUGUAGAGGUUUAUGAUCCCAAAAUGGAUACGUGGACAUUCGUGGCACCUAUGCGACAUCAUGGAGGAGGAGUAGGGGCAGGUGUUAUACCCAAUUUUGCCAAGUAAUAUUUUGUUUAUAUCUUUCUGAUACAAUGUGAUAAAAAGUAAAUAUUUCAUAUUAGUCUGGAAACUAGGAUACUUAAUUUGUCUCUACCCCGUUUGGCAUAAUGGCCUUUUGGCACUAUGAUUGAUUGGCAUCGUAGGAAAAAACAAUAUUUAACAACUUUUUAUAUAACAAUUUGGGGAUACCUCUUCUUUUUCUUUCUGGUGUCGUCUCUGUGAUAGAGCAUCUCAGUUCAGUGUUCCCAUGAAUACAUUCACAGCUAUUGAAUGAAAGCUUUCUUUGCCAAAUUUGCCAUUUUUGCAUUCGUAUAUCGUAUGGCAGAUACGCUGAUACUAUAAUGCCCAGGGAAAUCAAUGAAAUAUGGUGUAUAUUAGUUAUAGCAGGCUUUGCAGUAGAUCAAUUAAAAAUUCUUUUAAGAAACGUCAAAUUUGUAUUUCUUGUUUUUUUUUCCUAACUUUUACGGAGGGUUUCCGCAAACACGUCGUACCCCUAAAUGUAGCAGUGAGAGAUUUGUGAAAAUCCGUUGACCCGUCUCCGAGUCAAUUUGCGACAUAUAACACAUUUUUUUCAAUUUUUAUUUAUAUAGGAUUACAUCAGCUGUUUUUUGUAAGUAUGUAUCCCCAACUUGAUACAUUUUAUCGCAAAUGUUGAAUCUCAAAACAUGUCAGGUGGUUAUUAUGCUAAAUGGGUCAGAGCUCAUAAUUUCACAACUUUUCAUAAAUUGAAUUAUUUAAUACCUUUACUCUGUAAUGCUUGUAAUUGAAUCAACUAACAUCAAAACUACUAGCAAAUCAUUGUGCAAACGAUAUGUAGGGGAAUGUGGGAGGAAGUUAUUGAUAAGUUAUAAGGUAUAUUCAGAAAAAAAUGUGCAUAAUUUAUUGGCAACAUUUAAAGUAUUUUUAUGAUAAAUUUAUACAAUAUUCACCAGUUAAGAAGUAGUGCAGUAUGCUUAAAGUUUAAAAACUGAGUUGUUUAUAACAUAUGGUACCUAAAUGAAAAUUUAGUGAUCUAGUAUUAUGGCUGGACACCAUGACAUUAGAAAAAUAACUUCGCGUAAUUCAACGUACUAAAAUAUGUUCCAGAUAAUGCACAAAGUUGAUCGCUUCCCAAAUAAAUCACUACUCGCAUUAUUCUUUUUCCCAAGUAACGGUACGCAUUGUAAUUAUGAAAAAUGUAGGAGA